UCGACUUAACGUUCAAAACUGUAUCGGUUAGCGAGCGAAAAAAGGGAGGCGUGCAGCAAGGAAAAUAACUUUGAGAGAGCUGUUAUAGCUUCAAAUUUAACAUCAAAAAACUUCCUGACCAAAGAGGAAUGGCGCACAAACAGAUCUAUUAUUCAGACAAAUACAACGAUGAGCACUAUGAAUACAGGCAUGUCGUGCUACCGCGGGAACUGGCAAAACAAGUGCCCAAAUCUCACCUGAUGUCGGAGGACGAGUGGAGGCGACUUGGGGUGCAGCAGAGUCUCGGAUGGGUGCACUAUAUGAUCCACGAACCUGAACCGCACAUUCUCCUGUUCCGAAGACCGCUUCCAAAACACUGACGUGAAAUUCUGGAAUUUUCUAGGACAUCCACGUGUAUUCAUCUGGUAUUCAGAAUGUACUUGCAAGCCUACAAGUGGUGAACUCCUGUGCUUGAGCUGUAUUCCUCACAGCAACAACGCUCAGACUAUUAAGAGAAAUGGAAAUUCUCCUAUGUGAAUAUGUAACGGGGUGUAUAAUGUGAACAUGAUGAUUAUUAUUAAAGUGCCUAUUGUUAUAUUGUUUUUUUUUUACCCAAGUCUUUAGAAUAAAGUUCUUUUUGCAUCAAAGGUGUAAAUAUGUAGAUACUUGGUGGCUUCCCCUUGAAUGUGCCAAAUGAAACAAACAUGAAAACUAUUAUCCUGUUUCAUGUCCUUACUUUUAAAAGGAAUAAUCUUGUUCCGUUUCUGAGGAUUGUAUCACAAGGAAUUAAACUGUAUAUAGACUGAUGAUUUCAGGGAAAACUGAGUAGACAGGGUCCAGUAGUAAACUGAAUCAUUGACAUUGGGUUAAAAAAACACUUGAAUUGUGUGCAUCAUGCAUGUUAAAUGGAAGUGGUUAAAUGCAAGUACAUUGAAAAGCGAUGCUUUAUGUUUGUUCAUAAAAUACCAUGUAAACACUUGAGAGGUUGUAUGCCAGCUUUAUAAAC